AGGACCUAACCAUGCUGUACGAAAAGGGCAAAAAUCCAAGCUCGUUGGACGAAGAGGCACACAGCUACCGCAAUAGCCCCGCCAUUCAAGAUGACGAUAGAAGCAGUUCCUACAGUAGUGGAUCCUACUAUCUGGAAUCAAAAGGUGGUAGCGCUUUCACCCGUUUCAUCGACUCUUUCAAACCCAUCGACUUAGAAGAAGAUGGUAUUGACACCACCAACAUGACUCCUAUGGAGAAAUCUAUUAUUGCUAGUGCAAGACAUCCUUUGGCCAGAAGAUUAAAGUCUAGGCACUUGCAAAUGAUUGCUAUUGGUGGUUCUAUUGGUACGGGUCUUUUCAUUGGUAGUGGUUACUCGUUGUACAUGGGUGGUCCAGCCGGUCUUUUGAUUGGUUAUCUCUUGGUUGGUUACUCUAUGUUGUGUGUAAUCUAUGGUUUAGGUGAACUUUCUGUUCAAUUUCCAGUCUCCGGUUCCUUCAAUGCCUACUUCACCAGAUUUGUCGAUGACAGUUGGGGUUUCACCUUAGGUUUAUUGUAUGCUACAUCAUGGUUGGUUUCCUUCCCCUCUGAGUUGAUUGCCUGUUCUAUGACUAUUCAAUAUUGGAAUACGUCUGUAAAUCCUGCCGUUUGGGUUGCAGUAUUCUAUGUUGUUAUUGUUUCUAUCAACUUCUUUGGUGUUAAGGGUUAUGGUGAAGCUGAAUUCUAUCUUUCGAUCAUCAAGGUUGUCGCCGUCGUUGGUUUCCUUAUUGUUGGUGUCUGUAUUAUUUGCGGUGUUGGUGAAGGUGGAUAUAUUGGUGGCAGAUACUGGCACAACCCUGGAUCAUUUAACCAUGGCUUCAAAGGUGUUUGUUCUGUCUUCAUUGGUGCUGCCUUCUCCUUUGGUGGUAUUGAAUUGGUAGCAUUGGCUGCUGCUGAAACCAGAAACCCAAGAAAAUCUUUGCCAAAGGCAACUAAGCAAGUCUUCUGGAGAAUUACUAUAUUCUACAUCCUUACUGCUAUCAUCAUUGGUUUCUUAGUUCCAUACAACAACCCCAUGUUAUUGAGCGGUAACUCAAGCGAAGAUAUCGUUGCUUCUCCAUUCGUUAUUGCUAUUCAAUCUGGUGGUAUUAAAGUGCUUCCACAUAUCAUGAACGCUGUUAUCUUGGUUGCAGUUGUCUCUGUUGGUAACUCUUCUGUGUACGGGUGCUCCAGAACAUUGGCUUCUUUGGCUGUUCAGGGCUUGAUUCCUUCCAUCUUUGGUUACAUUGACAGAGCUGGAAGACCUAUGGUUGCUAUUAUGUUUACUAACUUGGUUGGUUUACUCGGUUUCUUGGUUGCAAGUGAAAACCAAGGUACUGUUUUUACUUGGUUCUUUUCCAUCUGUUCUUUGGCUGCUUUCUUCACCUGGAUUGCCAUAUGUUUCACACAUCUUAGGUGGAGAUGGGCUCUUGCUGCUCAGGGUAGGUCAUUAGAUGAAGUUGCAUUCGUGUCGCCAUUGGGAACAUUUGGUUCCUACUCUGGUAUUUUAAUUUUAUCGUUGAUUGUUGUCGGUGAAAUCUGGAUCUCUAUUUGGCCAAUUGGUGAACCAGCUAGCAACAUCACAUUCUGGCAAAACUGUUUGUCCUUGCCAUUAAUGCUUGUUUCUAUCAUUGCCCACAAGACAUGGUACCGUUCUUGGAACCGUAUCAUGGUUAAGUUGGAAGACGUUGAUUUGGAUACCGGCAGAAGAGAUGUUGACGUCGAAUUAUUGAAGCAAGAAAUUGCAGACGAAAGAGAAACACUCAGACAACAACCAUUCUAUCUUAAGUUCUACCACUUCUGGUGUUAGAUGGCUUCAGGGAGCCUCAUAAUUUUCUUCAAUUCACUUCGUAACGCAUACAGAGUCUAUAUUCUAAUAUCCUAGUCAUAUCUACGAAUGUCACUUUUCAAGAUUCUAAUAUAAUAAAUAACAUUUAAUAAAAGUAGAAAAACUAA